AUGCCCACCUUGGCCAAAGUUCCCGAAUUCCUUCGCUUGCAGAGCUUCAACAACGGUGAGUGUGUGGCUACAGGCCCUCUGCAACUUUUGCCCCCUCAUCCUGAGAAGCUGGAUGCUUGUCUUACCUUUAUGGAAAGUGAUCGUGGCGCACGACCCGGCUGGCUGGAGUGGUUCCAUGUGGCCGAGAGGAUUCUUGGGGGUGCCCAAUCUUAUGGGAUUCUCUUAGUGGAUGUAGCUAGAGGCCGAGGGCAUGAUUUAGUCGAUUUGCGGCAAAAAUUCCCUGAUGCACCGGGACAUUUGAUUCUCGAAAUUCUUGCUACAUGUUCUUGA